UUGACAACAUUUCUGAACAGUUGAAGUGCCGUUGUGUCUGUGUUUUGGCAGGAAUGAUUCGCCUGAUCCGCGAAAAGUUUACCGAAGUACUAGGCUUGAAAUGCCUUCAAACGACGUGAUACUUUUGGGGUACCGUCCGCGCAGUGAAAUACAAGCAACGCUAAAUUUACGCCGCGCGGUGAGCGACGAUCGUCUUCUGGAAGCUGUGCGAGAGGCCCGCCGACAAGGACCAGCGUUUUCAAUGCUCAAACUAAGCAAGACGAGAAUUUCUGUGGGAGAUAGUGUCACUGUUUACUGGGAUGUCAGGGAACAGUGUGGAGCGAAUGACUGGAUCGGGCUUUUUGAUCUAGAUGGCCCAACAUCACUGUCAAACUAUUUAGACUGCAAGCAGAGAGGAGUGACUGGAGCAAAGCGAGGGGCUAUCAAGUGGGCAAUCAACAGAGACGUCACACUUGGAGAAGUUGAAAACAAGUGUAUUUUCAAGUACAUACAUGGCAACACCAGUUCUGUGAAAGCCAUAAGCCCUACUCUUUACAUCUACAACCCUUAUGCUGAGCUUGCGUCACCUCAUGGGAGACCACGCCUUGGGUCACUGGUCCCCCAAGAGACUCUGUUGGAAUUCUCCAUUGCAGGCAUACAGGCAAAUGGUUUGAAGAAAAACAUAUUUGGCAAGCCUAGUCCUUAUGUAAAGCUAUCAAUCAUGCCCUCACGACGGCAUCUGAGGUCAUGGAAACAGCACCACGGGCAGAUUGCCAAAACAUCUUCACAAACCAAUACCAUCAAUCCAAAAUGGUCUAGUGAGGAGUUUGUGUUUCUGGGUGGUGCAGAUGACAUGUUGGAAGUUGAAGUGCGGAAUAAGUUUUCUGGUACACGCCCAGCCUUUAGCCGUUUUUUGGGGAAACUUACUGUUCCUCUUGUGGAUAUCUUUGAAUGCCAGAGAAACAGGCCGGAAGAGUUCACUAAAACACUUGGUAGAAGGACCCCCGCUGACAGAGUGCAGGGCACAAUAACACUGACCAUCACUAUUAUUGAACCAUCCACAAGUCCAGCUGCUGCUUCCGCUGAGCAGGAAAAUGUUCCACCCGCUUCACCCUCAGGAGAGACAUCUACUGGAAGCCCUCUGCAAAAUAACCCAAGGUGUACCUUAUCAAACUCAUCCCUUAUGUCAUCAGCACCUAAUAUUUUACAACCUCUUACCUUGAACUCCAGCAAUGGUCUGCUUGAAACCAUUUUCCCUGUGGACACUCCUUCUCCUUUGUCCCCGCAUGGGACAAGUGAACAGGGAACGUUUGGUGACGCAGCAAAUUGCAGAAGGAGAUUGCCUGUACAAUCUAGACCAUUCUCCGAGCUGUACUCAGAGGAGUUUGUCCCCUUAGAUGAUGUUGAUAUAACCAACCCAGAGCUUUCACAAACCUCUCAAGCAGCAAGCGAUGAGAAUACUCUCAGUGGAAAUGAAAGCACAGAGGGGGGUAUUUCAGGCGAGAGCAGGACUUCUAGUAGUUUAGCAAAUUCAUUAGAAGUCGAAUCUCCUGAUGGCACAGUUAUUGAUCAACGGCAGGACUCACAAAAUGCACUCGAUAAUGCAGAUGGGAUUCCUUGCCAUGAAGGCAGUGAAACCUCCACACCAACUCAAGGACCUGGAGAUAACAACCCAGACUCGGACAACCAACCAAUGGAAAUCCCCGAAGAAAUUAAUGGUGUCAACAGUUCUGAAGCAGAAAUGAGUUCAACAGACGUAGGGCAAAGGAAUAGUACUGGAAGCAUUGAGCUGACAGAGGACUCACCGCUAAGAAUUUUAGAGGAGUGCGAGAGGGUGCGUGAGGAGACGAUUGCCCUGUCAAGGGAAAACCUUCUUCAAGGUCCCACUGCCGAAUCAGAUGAUGAACUUGAACAGAUGGAUAUCACUGACGAGACUAUUACUACAGAACGUGAUAGUUCACAUAAUUCAGACUAUUCCAUGGACGAUGCGUUGACUAGUGAAAACCUCACGCAGUCAACUUUGAAUGGAAGCAGUUCUACAGAAACCCAGCCAAUGGCUGAGCAAGAAACCGAUUUGCUAGAAGCUGCAAGUAGUGGCCUCCUUGAUGAGGAGGUCAAUGAUGCGAUUUUGUCGUCUCUUGAAGAACAUGAGGGGUCCAGAACUUCACCUGCUGCGGUAGAGUGCGUGCCAGGACCUUCAGUUGCCACGGCAUUGAUAGAACCAGAGACGGGAGAAAUGGCGGCUGAAGGGAACCUUCAGCAACCAGCGGAAAAUACCGAGCACAAUCCUGCAGAGCAGCAGGAGAUCGGUGUUAGGGAGGAACCAGUGUCACUUCUUGAGUAUGUAGAUCAAAUAAUGGAUGAUGAGCCCGAAGAGCAGAGUGGGGACAAUGCAAUGAUUAUCGAGUCUGUUGGAGACAAUACUCAAGAAAGUACAUCAUCGCCUGGUUCUAAUUUGGGAACCUCUGAACCUUCUGGUGUGGAUUCACCUAGUGUAGCAGUAUCUUCUGUAACUCUUCCAAUGGAGGCAUCAGAACCUGUGUGCUUAGGUGCCACGUCAGUGCAGUCAACUUCAACUUCAGAAAUGAUAGUUGACACCCCACUGACAGUGCACAGUGGAGUGGGCGAUGAUGACAGGGCGAUCCCACAGAGGCCCCCUCGAGGUAAACGUCUUUCUCGAUCCACUAGUGAUCCAAGAAGUGCCCACUCAAGGAGACUUGCUGAGAGAACAAGAAAUGCGUCGCGAGGCUCUAACCAAGGAGAGAACUCCCCAAGGCUUACUCGUCCACCAUUAAUUCGACGAGUGACCGAACCCACCACCAUGCCAACCAAUGCUGUGGAUCCCACAAUUGUGCCUGUUAACACGGGUGUAUCGUCACAAGCAUCUAAUACCACGGCUGUUGUUACUCCAGUAACUGAACCUGUGGCAGAAGCGGUAGUGUUGUCUCCGACAGAAUCAGUUGUAAUGGCAGUGCCGCUGUCUCCACCGCAACAGCGCAGCUCUUUAUCGAGUGCACGUUCACCUGUUGUUGUAGCAGAUGUUGUGGCUGAAGCUCCGGCAUUAGUUACGCCAUUACCAUCACCUGAUCUGGUUUCGGAGAGGACUAACUCCACAUUUGAUGAACUAACUGCCGUUGCUGCAGUUAGUCUGGAAGCGAGUGGAAGUGCUGCAGGUGAAGCUUCAACAUCAAGAGAUUCACCAGAUGAUUAUGUGUUAAUUGUGCCAUCUGAUGGUAGACAACCCUCGUCUGCUCCAUCGACGUUAAGGAGAAAGGAAGCUGCUUCAGCUGUUGAUUCACUGUUAACAAACGGAACACGAGCUUCCCACAGAAGAAACUCAUCACAAGAUAAUUCUUCUGUUCUUUACGCUACGCCGCUAUCAGGACUAGGCAGAGAGUUACCUGACCAGCAAAGUGCAAGCUUUCCUAGGCCAAGCAGCUCAGCAAGGGUCACUGCACUCUCAGGCGGCCGACGGCGCAGUAGUAGCAGUAGUAACAGUGGUUAUACAGUUAGCAGGGCUGUGCCUGAUGAAUCUCAGUCUUUACCUCGGAGUUAUGGACAAACUGCCUCUGCAUCAAGUUCUCCUGCUGCUGCUACAAGUGCCACAGUAAACCCCGAACAAGUCAGGCAUAAUGCUCCUGAGAGAGUUAACAACACUUCCCCCGGUGCCGCCUCUCUGCCGGGACCUAGUAGCCAGUCUGGUAGUGAUCUAAGUCAGUCACGCGAAGCAAUACAAACCAUGCUUAGGUCCUACUACAUUAAGUCAACACAGGUGCCAGGCGGACAACCACCUGUAAUACAGCUGCCAAGAGCAUCCACCUCCUCGGCGCAGGAACCUGAGGCAGCUAGAAGACCAUCUCAGCCAAAUAAUCGCAAUGGGAAUCGGAGAAGCUCUGGUCGGAGACAGCAAGGCAAUCCAGUUCAUGUGUCCAUUCAGGACCAGCAGCAGAGCAGAGAGCAGCGGGCUCGGCCAGAACAGCAAGCCACGGAGGAAGAACCUCUACCACCUAAUUGGGAGCGGGGCGUGGAUUCUCAUGGAAGAGUUUACUACAUUGAUCAUGUCAAUAGGACGACUACUUGGAACAGACCUCGGACAAAUGCCCCUGAAAGUGAAUCAAACAUGAAUGAGAUUAACACCCAUUGGCAAAGCCUUGAUAGAAGAUAUCAAAGCUUCCGCCGGACGCUCCGUGGUCGAAGCAGCCGCCAUUCACGCGUACCUCUACCCAUGGUCGACAACCGGGAGAAUCAGACAGCUGGCGAAUCAAGUGCCAGUGGCAGCGCAGAAACUGGGGCUGCUUCGCUGAGACCUUCUCAUCCACCAGGAGCGUCAGCUUCCUCCUCGCCAGUGGCUUCUACCCCCUCGACACCGUCUGCGUCCUCCUCACCAUCUACCUCUAAUGAACCGUCUAGUUCGUCCACACUGUCUACUUUUCACCCACCGCCUCCUCCCUCCACACCGUCCAUCUCAUCCGAACCCUCCUCGUCCUCUGCCCCGUCCACUUCUUCAGCAUCUUCGUCAAGGAAUGCCAAUUAUUUGCAGUCUCCUGCGGUGAAAUUUCUCACCAGACAUGACUUAAUAGACUUUCUCAAGAGUAAAGGGGUGGCUGGUCAUUACUAUUUCCAAAGCCAGAUGUUAAAACUCAUAGUUUCUAAGAUCAGAAGCGAACCCAAUCAGUUUGAGAGGUAUCGCCAUCAAGUAGAGCUUGUUAGGUUUCUAAAUCAGUUCGCCGAUCCUCAGAUGGACAUGCCGGCUGGCUGGGAUAAGAAAGUUGAUCAAUCCGGACGGCUGUACUUCAUUGAUCACAAUUCGCGAACAACGACCUUCAUUGAUCCACGCCUUCCCGUGGAGGAGACUCUUCCAAGACGAAACCGCUCGCAAACGGAGCCUCGAGGCGGACGUGUUCCUCCGCCUAGGCCUCCACCACCAAGGACGCCGUCUCGGUCAAACAGUUUGAACAAUUCCACGCCAAUGACUUACAACCAGCAAGUCGUGGCGUUUUUGUCUCAACCGGGCAUUGACGAUAUUCUUAAAGAUAAAUACCAAGGAUACGCUCGAAGCCCCACUCUGAAAGCCAACGUGAGAAGAGUGCAGACAGAGGGCGAGAGGGCCCUGGCGCGAAUGUCUAGUAAUCUCGACUUCAUUAUGUUACUGAGUGUUAUGGAGGAGAGCAUUGUCAGCCAUGUCCCAGCAGACGUAGCGCAAACAAUUGAACCUACAUCCCAACCGUCGUCACCCACGCGUCACUCGCCUAACCCCCAGGCCACUCCUGGAACCCGGUCAAGAUCAAGCUCCACCGAGGUUUCGCUGAAAGGUGCAAUGGGUGAUUCUACUGCUAGUUCCAGUCCUGCUCCUUAUAAACGCGAUUUCGAGGCUAAAGUUCGCUCGUUCCAUCGUCAGCUCUACCACAAGGGUUACGGUCAGGGACCUAAUAAAAUCAAGUUGAGUUUACGACGGGACCAUAUUUUAGAAGACGCUUAUGAUCAAAUCAUGAAGGAGCCUGCCAGAGCGAUUCAAAGAAACCGCUUAGAAAUUCAGUUCGCUGGCGAGGAAGGUUUGGAUUAUGGCGGACCAGCGAGGGAGUUCUUUUUCCUUUUGUCUCGUCAAGUGUUCAAUCCAUAUUACGGUCUGUUUGAGUAUUCUGCAAAUGAUACUUACACUGUGCAAGUGAGCCCGGUAUCGCUGUAUGUGGACAACUCUCACGAGUGGUUCCGUUUCUGCGGGCGAAUCGUUGGUCUUGUGAUCAUACAUCAGCACCUGUUAGAUGCUUUUUUCACUCGUCCCUUCUACAAGGCUUUGCUCAGAAGUCCGUGUGAUCUCAGUGACGUCGAGGCAAUGGACUCUCUGUUUCACCAGAGCAUGACGUGGCUGACGGAAAAUGACAUCACAGGAGCGCUUGAUUUGUCUUUUACUGUCAGUGAAGAGAUUUUUGGACAGGUGACAGAGCGCGAGCUCAUUCCAGGCGGCAAAGAAAUUGAAGUCACAGAAAGCAACAAGCACGAGUACGUGGAGCAGAUGGUGAGAUGGCGCGUCGAAAGAGGAGUCGCUGAACAGAUGGAAAGCAUUGUCAAUGGAUUCAAUGAGGUCCUAGAUCCUAACUUGAUCAAUCUGUUUGAUGCCCGCGAGCUGGAACUUGUGAUCUCAGGCACGGCAGAUAUCGACAUCGAAGACUGGAGAAAGAACACAGAAUAUCGCUCAGGUUACCAUGGCAAUCACAAAGUGAUAAAGUGGUUCUGGAAGGUCGUGCGGUCUUUUGAUAACGAGCAGAAGUUAAGACUCUUACAGUUCGUCACUGGGACCUCUAGCAUACCUUACGAAGGUUUUGCUGCUCUACGCGGCAGUACAGGACCAAGAAAGUUUUGUAUCGAGAGAUGGGGAGACUACACUAAACUACCCAGGGCUCAUACCUGUUUUAACCGGUUGGACCUGCCUUUGUAUCGCUCUUAUGAAGAACUUCUGGAGAAGCUCACGUUUGCUGUGGAGGAGUCGGAAACCUUUGCAAUGCAGUGAUUUGUCAGUCAAACUGAUCUACAAAGGAUAGUGGAAUUGAAGAUACGUCAACUAAUGCGAGUAUUUGUCUGUUUCUACGGAAGGUGCUUUUCGUACACAUAUGAAAUACACCGGCUGCUCUUUGGAUUUGUAAGGAUUGAAGCGAUUCCCGCCUUGUGUGGCAGUUAAGCGGUGACUAAAUUCCGCCCGGCUUGUCCUAAAUGUAACAUUAAUCUACAAACGCUGGGAACGUUUAAAUCACUAUUUCAAUUGAGAACUUUUAACUGAUGCUUCAAAAUAGUUCGGCGAGUCAAAAAUAACACGAAAGUAGGUGGAGUGGUCUAUUUGUCAGCUAAAGAUAUCACUGAAUGUGAUUGACAUAAAUAUUUCUAAAAAUUCUUUGUUAAGGUAUUGUUGCAAAGGGAAGCUCUGUGAGUUUGAGUGAAAAUUUUCACUCUCUUUGCUAGAAAUCUUUUGGGCCAUACUUACCGCUUCCUACUUAACCAAGUGGAGGUGCUAUCUUAAUAGAACAAAACGUCCUGCGUAAAAAAAAAAAAA